AUGAGGAACCAGCCGAAGCCGUCGCGCAAUCAAUCACAACGCCAGUUGAGACAGCAGGUGAAAAUGGCCCUACAAAACGAGACUCCUUCCAAGGACAAUCGGCGUCUGUCUUCGGCGAUUGGCGUCAUCGACUGCGCAUGUCGGCAGCACCAGGACUGGUUUAACGACGACGACGACGACGACGACGACGACGACGACGACGACGACGACGACGACGACGACGACGACGGUCAGAACAACAAGAUGCCCACAUAG